ACGUACAACAAAAUUCGAAUAUGUCACAAUUGUUUUCAAAUUUGGUUUACACUGUUUUAUAAAAAUAUAAUGGCUUGGUUUUUACAAUAAAUAUCAAAGGCGAACUUACAACUGGAUAUUAUAAUUAUGAUGUCUGAUAUGGAAACUUCCAUAAGAGGAUUUUCAUUUAUGCCGGGAACGGAGGUCAAAAUUAAAGGUUUAGAUUUACAGUACGUAGAAGACAGCGAGCUAGAGAGAGCAUGGAGAUCGAACCGACGUGAACGGGUAAAGCUGCAAGAAGAAAAAAUAUGGAAUGAAUUUAUUGAAGAGCAGGAUAUUGUGCGGACUGUUUAUGAAAGUGAUCCAUAUCAAUUUAUUGAACAACUCUCAGAAUCUUGUUUGAAUGAAUUAUUGCAAAAUCAUUUAAAAAAGGUACAACAGAAAGAAAACAAAACAGAAGAUGAAACAAAUGGAAAAGAUGAAGAUAUUUCACCUGGUGAAGAAAGUCCUGUAUCCACAGAGAGCACAGAAAAUGAAAAAUGUGAUGAUGAUAACAUAUUCCACAUAUUUCAUGAGGACAAAGAUGAUGAGGGGUUUUCAGCUAAUGAAGAAAUAUUAAAUGAUUCUGCGGGUAGUCCUCUGUGCACUGUUAGAGAGAAACAGGAAGAAAUAGAAGAACAGGCGAUGGAAACAAAACCAACACCGGAAAAAGAUACAUGUAAUGCAGCAAAUCCUCAGUCAACAAAUAUAAAUAGUGUUCUAGAAAAUAGUAUAUAUUGCGCCAAAGUAAAAGAUCUAAGGGUCAGGAUCUCCGAAGAAAUACUCAGCAUUAUCACUUCAUUAGAACGUCUUGAUAUAUAUAACAUAGAUCCGGAAGAGUUGAAGAAAAUACAAAAAAGAUCUGCCGAAUUCAAUUCUAGGUUCAGUCGGAUACAUGUUUAUCAGUUGCAGCGACAGAUCCAUGACUUGAAGCGUACCAGCAGUUCCCAGCUGCCGUACGGUCAGCACACUCAGCUGCAGGCGCACAUGCUGCGUAUUGUCUCCCUCCACCAGAACAUACUGCAAGCUUACUGCGCGUUUCACAAGUCGUUCUGUCAAACAAUCUGCAUUGGAGACGGGUCUCAGGCUGGCCUGGUGCUGGGCCAGCUGGUGCGCGAGAUACCGCCGCCCGCCCAGCACGCCAUCAAACAUCUAUACGCUGAUAACUUGGCGCUGUCAUGUGACAAGCUGGAUGAAGCUCUUGCCAAACAUAACCAGAGAACUGCUGACUUCAUCAAGAACGUUGAAGAUGAUAGAAACGGCAAUAAAACGCACAGAGGCAGAGGAAAGAAGUUUACAGGCGUAAAAACUUCGUCCAGAGCGGAUGGUAAACUGUCAAUGUAUUCGCUGGAAACUCUUCGAAUCAACUUGAAACCGAAGGCAUCUUCAACAAAGAAUAGUUUGUCAAGUGCCAACAAGUUGACGAGCACCACCAGUAAGACAAGUCAAAAGCAAAUGCCCAGGAAAGUGACAUCGCCCAAAGUAAAGAGGAAGUCACCGAUCAAAGUGCGGCCACGACGUGAUGACGCAGAUGUCCGUACCAUGGUGGAGGCCGUCACUGCGAGUCAUGUGAGCCUGGUACCCAGUGCGCUGCCCUCCCCGACCAAAGCACAAACAUCCCGCACCAAAGUGCCCACACCACGACAGAAACGAGUGGAAACUUCUAGAAGGAACCAGAAGAUGAAGAAACCCGCCGAAGUGAACACGAAAAUAGAAUCUUCUAGAAGAGAGCCAGCGUACGAGUCACCAAAAGAAGUGGUGAAGAGUAGCCGAGUGCUGUCUCCGGUCGUCAUGUAUGAACCAGAUACAAGCAGGAAUGAGAAGAGAUACAAGAUCCCGGACGCCGAACUCGCGAGUGCGGAAGUCAGCCGACUGUUGAGAGAAUUGUGUGGCGAUACAUCGGGGAACAAAAAUGAACGUAUUUCUGGUGCGAAGAAUGCACAACUUCACUGCGUAAGAACCGGCAGUCCGCGUCAGCAUACGACACCACAGCUUCUGCGGAUUUUAGAAGAGACUAUCCAAAAGAAAUCACCAAGGUCGAUGAAUGUGAGGUUGUCGACCAUAAAGGAUAAGGAGGCGGAGAAGUAUCGUAUGUCGUUUAACAUAUCAGAGAAGACAGUAGACAAUUUAUUCCAGUACAGAACUAAGUACGUUCAACAUAUGCUGACUAGUGCAAUGUAUGCCAACAGUGCGGUUGAGAAACCCUGGGAAAUGGUCAAUAGUGUAUCGGAUCAAAUCGUCGAUGAACUGCUGCUGAAGUGUGCAAAAGAGAUGGAGCUACGUCCGGUCAUACAACGCUUAUAUCAGAACGAGACAAAAGCAUAAAUAAUAAUAUACAUUUGGACGGUGGAUUUUUUUUAUCUCAAUGUUUUAAUAAAAUAUUUGAUCUGUA